AUGGAAAUUCUAGAGUUGGUGCCUUCAAGCUUCGGAUAUGUCAUAUUUACAUACUUUUACAGCUGGAUCAUGUUGACUUAUCUCGGUGUUAAGGUUGGAGCUGCCAGAAAGAAAUACGAUGUGAAGGUAAGUAAAUAAUGUUACUGUCAAGUGAUGAUGCAAAAAAUUGAAUAACUGCGCUGCAGUGCUAGAUACGUAUAUUUUCGCCCAGUAAUCCGUCUGGAACAUAGCCUUCUGAUCCGAGUUUACGUAAACGAAUUCCAAUCAUGCUCUAAUUGGGAGCUUCAUGCAAUGUCAGUCAGUCACUUCUUGCCUUGGCUAGACAUGACUAGACUUGAAUGGUGCUAUGUACUUGGGACUCAAGAAAAACACAAAGUGAACUUGGCCUAGCUAGGGCAGUAUAAAUACAGGUCACCUGACCUAGGCGGCAGGUAGCUUAGUGGUUAAGAGCGUUGUGCCAGUAACCGAAAGGUCGCUGGUUCUAAUCCCCGAGCCGACUAGGUGAAAAAUCUGUCGAUGUGCCCUUGAGCAAGGCACUUAACCCUAAUUGCUCCUGUAAGUCGCCCUGGAUAAGAGCGUCUGCUAAAUGACUUAAAAUGUAAAUGAUGCAUGUGGUAUAGCUAUAUGUUAAUUUGUUUCCCCUUAUGUCAAAUAUUAGGAAUCUUGUCUUUAAGAACCUGGCCCUAAUGCACCACAACUUGAUCCUAACGAUGAUUAUGCAGUUGUGGUACACAUCUACUAUGCUAUCCCUAAUUGCUGGUACAGAAAGGAGCUUAGAGAAAAUAUGGUACAUCUCACUGUCUUUUUUUCUCCUCCCCUGGGCAGUACCCUACCAUGUACAGUGACAAGGAGCAGGUGUUCAACUGCAUCCAGAGGGCCCACCAGAACACACUAGAGGUGUACCCUCAGUGGCUUGUGUUCCAGACCAUUGCAGCUCUUGUCUAUCCAGUACGUAUCCACAUUAACCAACAUUACCAGGUUACAUCACUUACACUGCCACACACAUUGGUUCUUUUUGCAUUUUAUGACUGGCUCUUUCACAUACACUUUCAGAAACGUGUCUCACAUUUUGCAUGCUAAUGCCUCACAGAGCAUCUCUACCUAGUUGAAUAUCAUUAUUUUGUCAACUCACACACAGUGCACUAUUGACCUUAUUCCUGUGUAAAUACUGAUAGAUAUUACUGCUUCUAAUGGAAGGUUUAUCACUACAGUGACAUUUUCUGAUAAUAAGCAGGGGUGAAAGUAGAUGUAAUUUCUUCCCAGUACGGGACCUCCUAUGUGUGCACGUGCUUAAUCAUCAAAUUACACGCAGAAUCCCAAUUAAUUCAAUAGGAUCUCUGUGGGCCUAGUCAUAAAGAUUUGGCAUUUAACUUUAAAAAAAAUAUAUUACCUUUUAUUGUUAUGUAUUCCCUCCCUGUUCACCCAUGACUGCGUGGCCAUGCAUGUCUCCAACUCAAUCAUCAAGUUUGCGAUGAUACAACAGUGGUAGGCCUGAUUACCAACAACGAUGAGACAACCUACAGGGAGGAGGUGAGGGAACUGGCGGAGUGGUGCCAGGAAAAUAAACUCCCUCAACGUCAACAAAACGAAAGGAGCUGAUUGUGGACCCCAUCCAUGUCGACGGGGUCGCAGUCGAGAAGGUGAAAAGCUUCAAGUUCCUCGGCUGACACAUCACGGACAACCUGAAAUGGUCCAUCCACACAGACAGUGUGGUGAAGAAGGUGCAACAGUGCCUCUUCAACCUCAGGAAGCUGAAGACAUUUGUCUUGGCCCCUAAGACCCUCACAAAUGUCUACAGAUGCUCCAUUGAGAGCAUCCUGUCAGGCUCUAUUACUGCCAGGUACGGCAAUUGCACCUUCCGCAACCGCAGUGCUCUCCAGAGCGUGGAAGGCCAAGAAGAUCAUCAAGGACCUCAGCCACCCGAGCCACGGCCUGAUCACCCAGCUACCAUCUAGAAGGCGGAGACAGUACAGGUGCAUCGAAGCUGGGACAGAGAGACUGAAAAACAGCUUCCAUCUCCAGGGCAUCAGACUGUUAAAUAGUCACCACUAGCCGGCCUCGGCCCAUUACCCUGCCCUGCACCUUAGAGACUGCUGCCCUAUAUACAUAGUCAUUGUACACUGGUCACUUGAAUAAUGUUUACAUACUGUUUUACCCACUUCAUAUGUAUAUGCUGUAUUCUAGCCAUGGCUCAUCCUAUAUAACUACUGCUGUACACACCUUUUCCAUUCAUAUACUGUCCAUAAUGUCUAUACACAUAAGUAACCAACGUGGCUGUGGGAGUGGCAUACCAUGUCCUCUGGAUGAUAAUUGACAGCCCUUUCUGUGUUGCAUUGAUCUGUCCUCUUUACACACCCAACAACAGCACAUACCAAUAAGGGCCACAUCUCACUGGCGAUUCAGCAUCUUCUCAAUUUGACAGUUUACUGACUAUUGCUCUCUGUCCUACUUCCCUCACUCUGUGUUUCCCCUUCUUCUGUUACCCAAUCACUCAUCCCCCCACCUCUCAGACUUCUGCAACUGUGCUGGGAGCCAUCUGGGUCACCAGCAGGUUCUCCUAUGCCUGGGGUUACUACACUGGAGGUAAGACAAUCUCUUGUAAUGAGAUUGCACAUCAUGACAUCAACACCUCUCUUUGUUUAUUACUUUUGAGACAGUUUCCGAGUCACAGGGCAUGAGUGAAAACGGUUGGACUCCCAAGGCACUCCUUCUAGAGUUGAUAUGCUUUUUUAGCAACUUUACUAAGUAUUUCAGCCAUAUUUGAAUGUUAUUGUUAUUGCAAACAAUGGUAUACCAUUAUGAAAAGUACUACAGCUGUAUUUUAUGAAAAUGUAAUGCAAAAAGUUUGAUUGCUGAAAUAUCCCCUCAUUCUGCAAAAUGGUAUGAUAUCAUAAUUGGAAGAAUCACACUCUUAAUCAGCAUUUUAUAAACCGCUUUAAACUCGAAUAAGUCUCUUUCCUCCUCAGAUCCAGCCAAGAGAAUGAAGGGUGCCUAUGGGUACAUUGGGUAUUUUGGAGUCAUCAUUCUCUCCAUCUCAGUGGCUUUGCAGCUGCUUAGAAUCUUGUAA